GGGACAUUUGAUGGAUUAAAGCUAAGCAGCUCCAUUUCUAGGCACCACCUGAUCUCAGUGCUUGUGCCCCAUAUAAAGGCAGCUUGAUUGCUGAUCUCAGCUAGUCUGACAGUCUCUCUCUCCUCUCUCUCUUUCUCUCUCUCCCUCUCUCUCUUUCUCCCCAUCCCUCUUGCCUGCUGCAUCACAGGAGCUGUCCAGUGCUGAACUAGAUCUAUAUUUUUUUAACCGAGGGAGUCACAGGACAAAGAAUUGGCAUCAACUUUUCUUUUUUUGUCUCCCUUGAAUUUUGGGGGGUGUUUUUUUUUUUAAGUUGCACGAGGAUUACCACUGGCUGCUUGCUUUGUUUGUUUGUUUUUUUCUUUUCUUUCUUUUUUUUUGUUUUUCCUCCUGUGUUGUUGUUGCUGUUGGGGUUUUUUUUUUCCUGGGGGUUUGCCUGUCUCCUGUUGAAACAUGCCACGGUCCUUCCUGGUGAAGAAAAUAAAGCUCGAUGAUUUCUCUUCCUCGGCUGUCGCUGCUUCCCACCACCACCAACACCAUCAUCUAGACGACACUUACACUUUCGCACGCUCUAUCACGGACUCCGUGGCCAGCUUGGGGGUCCGGAUUAGUGAAAAUGGCUACAUCCAGGACUACAUCACGCCAGCGGUGUACAAGACGGAGAAGAAGAUGGGGCUCAAGCUGGCCUCGGCCGUGUCGGAGCCCCUGUACACCCAGGUGAGCAGCGGAACCUAUGCCACCUCCUCCAACCUGAGCCGGCACAAGCAGACCCACCGCAGCCUGGACAGCAAGAUGGCGCGCAAGUGCCCCACCUGCGAGAAGGUCUACGUCUCCAUGCCCGCCCUGGCCAUGCACAUCCUCACCCACGACCUCAAGCACAAGUGCGACGUGUGCGGCAAGGCCUUCAGCCGGCCCUGGCUGCUCCAGGGCCACAUGCGCUCCCACACGGGGGAGAAGCCCUUCGCCUGCGCCCACUGCGGCAAGGCCUUCGCCGACCGGUCCAACCUGCGGGCCCACAUGCAAACCCACUCUGCCUUCAAGCACUACAAAUGCAAGCGCUGCAAUAAAACCUUUGCCCUCAAGUCCUACCUGAACAAGCACUACGAGUCGGCCUGCUUCAAAGGCUCCCAAGAGGAUGACUCCGGCUCGGAGAACUGACGGGAGGGGUGGGACCGAACCCCCUACCCCCAAUCCCUCCCCUCCCCCCUCCAUUUGUUUUUAGAAAGCAAUAUUUUCACUGAGAUUAUUUCAAGAACAACUAGUAAUAACUACAAAGACAAAAAUGUGUAUGCUGGAUUUUUCGGAAACAGUUGCUACACGCGCACACACACACACUCUUGAACACUUACACACCUAUUACUUACGAGGCCUGGCAUGUGGAUUUUUAUUGAUAAUAAUACGAAUUAUAGUAAUACUUAUAAUAGUAAUAAUAUUCCUAUUCCUAAUAUUUUAUAGCAAAGGCUGUGGGGAAGAAAAAAAAAACAGAAAAAAUGAACAAAAAAAAGGUGACUGCAACUCUUUUUUUUCUUUUAUAGGAACAAAAAAAAUGACCUCUUGUAUUUUUAUGCUGCUUUUUUUUUUCUUUUUGCUAAGGAUGCGAUUCUUUUGCAACAGCCAACAAGAACUUUUUAUGAACCGCGAAAAAGACUACGAAUUGAACAAUGACCGUAUUUGCAAAAAAAAAGAAGAAAAACAAAGAAAAAAAAUGCCAUUUUAGGUUGAAAACUUAAACUUUGUGUGUCACAGUUGAGUAUUUAAUUCAAUGACGAUUACUUUUUUUUUUCUUUAUGCCAGUAUCAUCAUUAUUUCUCAGUAUUAUUUACUGUGCCAAUCAUUCCCAAAAUUGUUUGUUGGAUGCAGAACAGCUUUGUAACUGUGGGUACAGAUUUGUCUGGGUUUCAUUUCUCGGUCUUCCAACCCAAAACCAGGGAUUGUUUAAGGAGGUGAAUCAAAACAUGCUCUUUUCCUCACAUAUUCCAAAUUUUAUUUGCAAAGCAUAUUUCUAAAGGAAGGGCAUCACUGAGUUGCUGCCUACAUUUUCUUCAAUUCAUGAAUGAAAUGUUGCUGUUGUCUGGCCUUUAUAUAAUCAGAAAAACAAACAAAAGAUAGCCUGCUAUGUGCAAAGCACUUUCCUCAGAUUUAGGGCUACAGUAGCCUCGUUCUCUUCUGCAGUUUGUAAAUGUGCACAUGGAGAAUGAACCAUACUCAGCAUCUAUAAGCUACCCCACCUGCUGAGACUUGAUGUAUUUGAAACACUCUUUGGGGAUUUAAUUCCUUUAAAAAAGGCAUUGGUGAUAGCAAAUUAUUAGACCCUUUGUGAAUGCAGCCUGAUAAUAGGGGCAGAAAUGUAAUCGUUAGAAUUCUGUCCCUUUAUGGUUGCUUCAGAUAUUCACAUUUCUGCUUGCUGCUGUUCCUCUGCAAGAUGUCAAGCUAUGGUUUUUCUUUCAUUUAUUCAAGCCCCUUUGUCUGGUUAAGUGUCCUCGCUAAAUUAUAAGACUCUGGGAAAAGGUCCUAGGGGUCAUUAAGACCUCUUUGUCAUAAUACGUGAAAAGGGAUGUUUUGUGACAAGACCAUGAGUGUGAAUACUGUAGAUAUUCCCACAAAGGAAGAAAAAUAGCUUUCUGAAAAAACAGUAGGGAGCUAAUUUAAAAAUAAAGAUUUACUCGAAGUCUAUUUUAACCAUAAAUUUAGAUAUGAUGCGAAUCGGUACUUGAGAGGGUGUGAAGAUCCAAGGGGCUGAAUGAUCUUAAAUCUGUAUAAAAUACAGAUAAAAAGAACAUUCUUUAAGCAACUCGUGAGUUUACCUGAAUAGGGCUUCGACUUUUCUGUAAUAGUACGCCAUAGUGAAUUUGCACUGUUAGUUUGCAGUGACGUCCUGUUACUAUGCAUUGACUGAGCUUUGCAAGAGGCAUUUUGCUACCUUUUCCAACUCGGCGUUGCGCAGGAAAACCGUAUGUUGCGCUGUUGGUCGGCUGUUCCAAUCAAUCGAGCCCACCUGAGGGGCAAUGCUAAAGUAAUGCACACGUUUCGGCAGCAACCAGUUGGCUGCCUUUGUUCAGAUGUUCGGUGAAAUCUUCUACUGAAGAGAGCAGAUUUAACUGCCUGAAGGCUUAAGAGACUGUCUCGAUUUGUGAUCCUUCCUGUUGCAACGCCUGCGACGGAUUCGUUCAUUUUCUUUGAAGCAGUCAACAGCUGUAGAUUAAUGAAGGAGGUGCUUGUAUCGAAGUCUUGCAAGGCAGGAGGUUGACAGAAUUGCAUAUCGAGGCUCCCUGCUGUUCAGAAAGACACAGCUUACAGAGUUUCCGUAAGUGACUAAAUGAACGUAUGGCUCUUAGCAGGAUACGGCGAAGCAAUAGCAUUUGGGGCAUAGCCAACUUCUAUGACCCUUUUUAGCAAAUAAACCAGGUGCAUGAUACACAGCUUCUACAUAAAUGAGACCCUCAUUGCUCUUCCUUCGGCUGCGUUUGUUAAUUCGAACCGGCUUUUCUCUGUGGUUCCGAGGGUGUCUGCCACAGCACACAAUGAGCAAUCCAAGUUCAUAAAAACCGGAGCGAUCCACUACAAUUACCUCAAACAACAAAGGAUUUGUAAACCCUCAGUUACAAAGGACUUGUGUUCUUAUUUUAUUUUUGUUGCCAAAAGCGCUUGUCACUUUGAAUGAACGGCAUCUUCUUUAUGUAGCAUUUUUGUGACUCUAGCUAUUUAUUGAUGGGUUAUUUAUUUAUUUAAUUAUUUAUUAAUGUGUUAAUAACAUGUAUUGCCAUUGAACAAAAUGACCUUGUAAGAUGCUGCUGACCUACAAAGAAAUUGUUUAUAUGCAUGAGAAACUGUAGACAGCCCUUAGGGCUGCUUUCUUAAAGAGGAACAAUGUAUAAUAUUUGAAGUAUUUAAAACGAAAAAGCAAUUGUUUUCAUGGGCAAUAAUCUCUUUACAAUUACGCAGAUCUAUUUUCACAAAUGUCCUUAAUGUUUUCAGGCAUUUUCUCCAUCUGGAAAAUAAUAAGAGAGUGAAAAAAAAUAAAAACAAAAUCCUCCAUUUUGUUGAACAGCCUUGUCUUAAUUCCCCCAGUAGGUAUGUUAAACUUCAGUAACUGACCACACCAAUCAUUUCCUCGCGUUUCUUUACAGCUUUUACAGUAAUGUUAUGGGCAAUAAUGACCCCUGCUAGCCACUGAGAUUAAUCCCUUCGAGGACAACUCUGUAAGCUCAACACUAUCACAGUAUGUACGGCUAUUUACUACCAGUGUAGUAUCCCAUUAUGGCUGAUUAAUUGCAUUCGUUGUAGUUCUUUUUAUUGUUGUUUGGGUCUCGGAAAACUCGGCAACCGAUUUCCAUUUAAAUAACUCUUGGAAAAAAAAAGCUCUGAAAUGCUGAAUUUCUGGAGUGAAAAAUUGCCACUAAAGACUGCCCCUGUAAUCAUUUCCCUGCAGGUUUUCCUUCAUAAACCGAUCUGCAAUGCAAUAUCCCUGGUGGUCACUUGUACAUGCUGAGAGAGACUUUUUACUGACAGGCUAUUAAGCCUCAGAAACAAUAAUCAAAGCGCUUUACAAGCAAUGGUAGCGAUUUAUGAGGCCAGUCUCUCAGAGGAUUAAGCAGCAAAUAAUGAGAAUUAUACAAAAAUGUUAAAGCAUGUAAAAAAAAAAACAACCUCUGAAGCACCCAGUGGUGCAUACCUGUGUAAAAAAAAACUUCUGGAGAAUUAAAAAUUCAUACGAACCUGUAGCGUUGGAAUUACCAAAGACCUGGGCGGCUGCAGCCACCAUUUUACACCUUUAAACAAAACCCUUUAUGCAAAAUAGAGUAUCGUUAAAUUCUAGAUGAUAGGAGCAUUUAAGUAGGAGUUUAUUAGGUAUAUUUAAAUUUCCAGUGUGAAGGAGAAAGGCGUUAGCGCUCGUUCGCACCGAGACAGAGUGCGGGCUGAGAGUUACUGACUCUCAGAGUGACCAGCACGUAUCUGUAGAGUCAGUGUUUUAGAUACUGUAUGCAUAUAAAUGACACAAUGCGAAUAAUGGCUUUGUAUUCGCAUAAUAGCUGACAGUUAGUAGGAUCCUUCAAUUUUCUUCCCAUCUAUAUUUAACUCCAGCAAUCAUUAACGUGAUCUCAGCGUGUUGAUGAGAUACUGGUGCCCGAUUCUGCAGUCCAAAAUCCUCCAGACUCGGAUUAGCGGCUCCCAAAUGCUUUUGUGAGUCUCUUUUAUUAAAACACCUGUCUCAUUUUAAUAUAGUUAAUCAGUGCAGAUUUGAUCCCUCUGGGAGAAAAUGCCAGUAAUCUCAAAGAAUGCAGUUUGUGUUUUUCAGAAGAAGAUACUUAUUCGAGCCUUUUGUUAAACGUCUUGCCUAAGACACAAAGCCAUAAUUUAAUCAGCAAAGAAAUCUGUAUUUUUAUAACUAGUUACUCCAGUGUGAGUAGUGUGUAUGUAUAUUUCCCACAAGAAAUGUAGUAUUCACGUCACCUUUUCACAAAAACGCCCCUAAAAGAAACUGCAGAGUUUAUCUGAAAUGUUUUGCUCUAGUAAUUCUUUUCUGUUUAAUAUUACCUGGGACUUUCAGGGGAAUCUAUUUUUAAAGUCCAUGUUAAAAAUGAUACUAGAUACACUUUCUUAUUACUUUCCUUUGGCACAGUUUGGAACUUUAAAUGAUGUGAUUCCUGUCUCAAUGUACAUGACAAGUCUCAAACUUGGAUUGCACAAAAGGAGGAUAUGCAGAAAAGCAAAAUCUAAUUGUACUCCAUAAAUACAGGAUUUAUCCAGUUAAAUGAUAAAAAAAGAAAGCCAGAUUGUUCCUCUUUAAAUUUGUAAAUAUAUAUAUAUCACAGCAAUAAUUUGAAAAUGCAUGUACAACUUUGUUGAGUUUCGUUUUUCAGUACAGAUAAAUACAGGUACCAGUUGCAGUCUGGAUGACAAUAAUAACAAUCAGGGACAAGUCUUGUAUUAAUUAUAGCAUCUGUAGCUUUCGACAGUCCACAUUAGCAGUAUGUCUCUCAGUGUUUCCUGGGAGCUUCGUACAUCUUUGUGGGUUUUUUUUUUCUAUUUUGUUUUUGUGCCCAGCAAGACUGUGCAAUGAAAGUGCCAAAAAUAAGAUUUCCAUAACAAAAGCACUCAACAUAUGGUAGGCUGCUUAAGACCUUCCAUAUGGUUUUCAAGCUAUAGAUCGAGAUUACACCCUCUCUCAGUCCUGUCUGUCAUCCUCGCUCUGUUUUGGUGAAAGUGUGAAGAAACUUAAGCCAUGAUCGCAGACGGUGUUCUUUCUAUUUUAUUUUCUGUUCAUCUACUCUUAUUACUAUUAACAACAAUAAUAAUGAUGAGAAUAAAACCAAUAGCACAAGCAAACUGUGGUUAAAUGUGCUGUCUGUUCAGUGCUAGGAAGUGCUUUGUCGCUAUGAAUGAGAUUUCUCUGUAUUUUAGAAUUGCAUGUCUCUAAUGUUUAAGAUUUGAUGACACUGAGUUUCAUAUUUCAUAAAAAUAAAUUGGAACUAGGAUUCGGA